AUGGCUUCCUCUAAGCUCAGAAGCUCAUGUUCCUUCCCCAAUCUCCUCCUCUCAUGCUUGAAUUUCACUCUCGUCAUCCUCUCUGCAACCUCUCUCUUCCCCAUCAUCCUCCUCAAAAUGCCCCCAACUUCUCUAGGCUGGGCAUUCCUCACAGUCUCUUCAAUUUCACUUCUCUCCUCCUUUGUGGGAUUCUACUCUCAUCUCACCCACUUCUGCUUCAUAACCCACCUCUCCCUCCUUCUCGCCUCCUCAAUCGGUCAAUUACUCGCCAUUUUAGCCCUCUUCACCAAAGAAAAACCGAGCCUUUCUCUACUAAAAUCGCCAAGAGACCCGAGAGAGGCUAAAGUGUUGGUGAGAUUGGAGUGUGGGAUUUUAAUGGCAAUGUUUGUAUUGCAAAUUGGUGUGUUGGUAUUGAUGUGUGCUGUGCAUAGUUGUUGGGUGAGAGAGUAUGAGGGUUUGGAAUCAGAGAGAGAGGCAAUGGAGAGGAAGAGGAGUCGGAGGAUGGUGAGGGUGCAGGAGGAAUCGAUGGCGACUGUGGCGAAAAUGGCAGAGAUGAAAGGGAAGGAGUUGGAUGAGAAGGUGAAGAAUAAGUACGGGCAAUGGGUAAAAAAUGAUUUGGAAGGCUAA